GUUUGAUAAUUUGACCUAAUUAUCGUCAAUUAUUACAUCUUUAAUUAUAUCGUUAGGUGACUGUUAUUUGGUAGCCAUAUUGAAAGAUUUAUUUGCUUUCCGGUUAGAAAUAAAGGCUUCAAAAUGUCUGUUAGUGAGAAGGUGUCCCUGUCUGAUGCACUAAGUAAUGUGGAUGUUCUGGAUGAGCUUACUUUGCCUGAUGAGCAGCCCUGCAUCGAAGCUGCACCUUGCUCCAUCCUCUAUCAAGCAAACUUUGACACAAAUUUCGAAGAUCGUAAUGGCUUUGUCACUGGCAUCGCUAAGUAUAUUGAGGAGGCUACUAUACAUGCCAACUUGAACGAACUCCUCGAAGAAGGCAACGCACAUGCCGUCAUGCUGUACACAUGGCGUUGUUGCAGUCGAGCGAUACCACAACCGCGUUCGAAUGAACAACCAGACAGAGUUCAUAUAUAUGAGAGGACGGUGCAAGUGUUGGCCCCGGAGGUCGAUAAACUACUGCAGUUUAUGUAUUUUCAGCGUAAAGCGAUAGAAAGAUUCUGCGGCGAAGUCCGUAGGUUGUGUCACGCAGAGAAACGAAGAGAUUUCGUAUCGGAAGCGUAUCUAUUAACGCUUGGCAAGUUUGUGAACAUGUUCGCUGUUUUGGACGAAUUGAAAAAUAUGAAAAGCUCGGUUAAAAAUGAUUAUUCUACAUAUAGACGAGCGGCACAAUUUCUAAAAGUGAUGUCCGACAGUCAAAGUUUGCAAGAAUCGCAGAAUCUGUCUAUGUUCCUCGCUACCCAGAAUAAAAUUAGGGACACAGUUAAGGACGCCCUUGAAAAGAUUAACGGUUAUGAAGAUCUUUUGGCUGACGUUGUGAAUAUAUGCGUGCAUAUGUAUGAAACUAAAAUGUAUCUGACGCCGUCUGAAAAACAUAUGCUUGUAAAGGUAAUGGGCUUCGGUCUAUUUCUAAUGGACUCAGAUGCUUGCAAUAUCAACAGAUUGGAUCAAAAGAAAAAGAUUAAGUUGGACAGGAUUGAUAGAAUUUUUAAGAACCUCGAAGUGGUACCGCUUUUUGGAGAUAUGCAAAUAGCACCCUUCAAUUAUAUCAAGAGAUCGAAACAUUAUGAUCCAAGCAAGUGGCCGCUAUCAUCAAGCCCGAACCCACCGUCUCCGCAAGCCGACCUGAUGGUCCACCUGCCUCAAAUACGUGAAGAACACCAGAAUUAUAUAUCCGAAUUGGCCAGAUAUAGCAACGAGGUGACAACAACAUUCAAAGAAGCGGGUUCGGACACGGAAAACCGUGCAGUCGCCGAUCUGUGCUUACGCGGCUUACAACUCCUCUCAUCUUGGUGUUCAGUACUAACUGAACUGUGUUCUUGGAAGUUGUUGCAUCCCACAGACCACGCUACCAACCCGAGGUGUCCGCCUGACGCUGAGGAGUAUGAGAGGGCGACUCGCUACAACUACAGUUCUGAAGAGAAAUUUGCCACAAUCGAAGUGAUAGCCAUGAUAAAAGGGUUACAAGUGUUAGUGGCUCGAAUGGAGACAGUUUUCGCUGACGCAGCAAGAAGGGCUAUAUAUGCGGAGUUGCAGGAUUUCGUGCAAUUAAUGUUAAGGGAGCCGUUGAGAAAGGCUAUUAAGAACAAGAAGGAUUUGAUAAGGAGUAUUAUAGUAUCAGUCCGUGAAACAUGCGGUGACUGGGCGCGAGGCUGCGAACCGCAACAAGAUCCGGCGCUGCGGGGAAAGAAAGAUGCCGACGCUAGUUUUACUAUCAAAGUGCCUAGGCGGAAUGUUGGCCCAUCAACCACGCAGCUGUACAUGGUGCGUACACAGCUCGAAGCCCUAAUCUCGGACAAGUCCGGGGGGCGAAGGACCCUGCGGAAAGACCUUGAUGCGGCUGUACUGCAACAGAUUGAGACGUUCCACAGGCAGAGCUUCUAUUGGACGUACCUGCUCAAUUUGGCUGAUUCCUUGUCAAAAUGCUGUGAUCUUUCUCAACUGUGGUAUCGUGAAUUCUACUUGGAAAUGACUAUGGGAAGGAAAGUUAAUAAAUGCACAGUACGCCAUCAGCACAACGAAGAGUGCAACGAUCUCAUAACAAUGGAGAAGAGAAUACAGUUCCCCAUAGAGAUGUCGAUGCCGUGGAUACUCACCGACCACAUACUGAGGAGCAAGGAGCCCGCCAUGAUGGAAUACGUCCUGUACCCGUUAGAUCUAUACAACGAUUCCGCCCAGUACGCGCUUACAGUUUUCAAAAAACAAUUCCUGUACGACGAAGUAGAAGCCGAAGUUAAUCUGUGCUUCGAUCAGUUUGUGUAUAAACUGUCUGAGUUGGUGUACUCGCAUUAUAAACAACUGGCCGCUAGCAUGCUGCUCGAUAAACGCUACCGUGCUGAAUGCGCGGCUCGCGGGGCUAGCACUGGUUGCGGCGCCGGGCGUUACGCGUCUCUGCUUCGGCAGCGGCAUGUCGCACUGCUCGGGCGGCACGUCGAUCUGUGCGCGUUGGUCGCACAAAGAAUCAACGCAGAUAUGCACCGAGCGCUCGACGCAGCAGUCGCUAAGUUCGAAGCGGGAGAUAUUACUGGUGUAGUGGAGCUAGAAGGUCUAAUAGCCGUGAACCGUCUCUGCCACAAGCUGCUCAGUCGCUAUCUCACACUCGACGAGUUCGACGCGAUAUUGCGCGAGUCGGAUCACGGUGUUUUAGCGCCGUACGGUAGAAUCACACUCCACGUGUUCUGGGAGUUGAAUUAUGAUUUCCUACCCAAUUAUUGUUAUAAUGCCGCUACUGAUCGUUUCGUAAAAUGUCGCGGCAUACAAUUCGCGCCAGGAGUACAAAGAGAGAAGCCACAACAAUAUGGCCACGCUAUGUUGUGGGGCUCGAAACAAUUGAGCUUGGCGUAUUCGGCACAAUAUGCACAGUAUAAUGGUUUCGUCGGCGCGCAACACUUGCACGCCCUGGUCCGUCUACUGGGCUACCAAGGCGUGGCCGUAGUAGUCGGCGAACUGCUGGGAGUAGCCCGCGGUCUACUGCACGGCACGUUGGCGCAGUUCACACGGGCACUGCACGCGGCCAUGCCGAGGCAUUGCAAGCUGCCGCGAUACGACUACGGGUCUAACGGUGUGCUAGGCUACUACCACGCGCAGCUCACAGACAUAGUGCAGUAUCCGGACGCGCGCACGGAACUGUUCCACGCGUUCCGCGAACUUGGCAACAUUAUAUUGUUCUGUAUGCUGAUUGAACAGGCGCUCAGUCAAGAAGAGGUCACGGAUUUGCUACACGCUGCACCUUUCCAAAAUAUCUUGCCACGACCUUAUACUGCUGAGGGAGAGAAACCGGAGACAAAGCAAAAGCGUCUCGAGGCUAAAUACGCAGCUCUGCAAAUUGUGCAGAACGUAGAAAAAUAUGGAACCGCCAAGCAAAGCCAGCUGUCCCGCGAGGGCGACCUGCUCACCCGCGAGCGUCUCUGCUGCGGACUCUCUCUCUUCUCCGUAGUUCUCCGUCGUCUCCGAGCCUGUCUCUCCGCCCCGCAGUGGCCCGCACCGCCCGCACCGCACCACGCCCCGCUGCAUACUGACGACACUAGCGAGUUUCACAGAUUGUGGUCAGCCCUACAGUUCCUGUACUGCAUUCCAGUUGGUGACACACAGUUCACUGUGGAGGAGCUCUUCGGCGAAGGCCUACACUGGGCCGGGUGUACUAUAAUAGCCCUUCUCGGGCAACAGCGCCGUUUCGAAGCCCUAGACUUUUGCUAUCACAUCUUGAGGGUCCAACGCGUUGAUGGGAAAGAUGAACUUGUUAAGGGCAUUCCGCUGAAACGCAUGGUCGAUCGCAUCAGGCGGUUCCAAGUGCUAAACUCACAAAUUUUCAGCGUACUAGCUCGACACUUGGCUGCGGCUGACGAUGAGAGAGCGGGAGUCGAACAUGUGCGGUGUUUCCCGCCGCCGUCUACUAAUGCGGCGUAGGAUGGAUGCUGUUUGCAACAUUGACUGAUAUAAUCAACAAUAUUCCCGUAAAUUUUAAUACACAUUCUUUAAAAUAGUUUUAGAUUUAGCGCUUAGUUUUAGUUAAAAUUGUAGCUGUUUUAAGACAAUUUUUCAUAUUCCAUGUCUUUAUAACUAUGUAUAUGAACAUUAAAAUUACUAUGUUAUACAAAAAAAUAUACAUUUUAAUAAUUUUUUAAGUGUCGUCUUGUAACUUAUAUGUUUGUCACGUAUUAAGAGUUUCAACUCAAAAUAAAUUAUUAUC